AGAUGCCAUAGCAGCACCACUCGAACGUCAGGCCUGACGAUUAGCCCAUGUAGCCACCAGAUCAAGCUCGAGAAAGCUGCUACAUCUGUUUCCAUCAAUAUGCUCGAUAUUACGUUCCGAUUUCCUCCAUUGGGCACUCGGUUGUGCGUCACGAAACGAUUCUUAGUUUACGUUUGCUUACAGUUCGUAUUUUUUGCUGGUCAGGUACGAUCCGAUGAUCUCUACAGUGCAAUAGCACACCUCGAGGACCUAUUGACAACCGAACAGCAAGUUAUCCAGUCUAUUCAUCGAUACCAAUCCCUUCACCACGAUCGGUUGGAGGAACUACAGUUUCAUCAUGCCUGGAGCAGCAUCACAACGGGCGAGGGCGUAGGAAACGUCGUCCGACGGUUCAAGACUAUGGCUGACCUCAGCUGGACGUGGGCUUUCUACUACGACCGUAAUUCGCUGCUGAGCCGCGCCAUAGUUCGUGCUAUGAUGGGGUUCCUCUCCAGAUAUACGAUGCCAUCGGAUGACGACUUAUCGGGAGCAGCAGUAGGGCUGUGCCGCCUUCUCAACACCUACAUGUUGACUUCCGCGUUUUUGACAUCACUCCGUUCGGCACCUCGACCUACCGUUUCAGACCUUGUCCUGAUUGCUUCAUCCUGCCUCGGUGAGGGUUAUGUAGAGGAGUCGCUAACCUGGGCCACGGCUGCUCUCGAAGAGUCAGUCGCCAAGAACGCAGCGUGGGAGUCUGCUGUGUGCGUUCUAUCAAAUGCCACGUACAGUCUACAAAAUGUAGCGUCCGCUUCAGACGUGGUCCACAAGGCCUUGAGUACAGCGGGCCCUCCUGAACGAGGAAUUCUGUCGAAAGUAAAGGAACUCUACGACAAGGAAAUUCGUGGGUGGACGUAUCCCCAAGGGAAAACUUGGCAAAGGCGACGAAGCCAGUUCGAACGCUCUUGCGCAAUCGCGUUGCGUGGCGCCCCUCUUAGAGCGUCAAGUGAGCUGCGCUGCAAGAUGACCACCAAUGGAAGACACCCCGCCCUCAUUUUACAGCCAAUCAAGAUGGAGGUUAUCAGCGUGGAUCCUUGGUUCGUGCUUUUCCACGACUUUAUUAGUGCCCAGGAGGCGGAGGAAAUAAAGAGCCAUUCUCGAAGACAUCUAAAGCGAGCAACAACUGUACACCAAGAUGGCGCCAUGAAUCCUGUACCCUACCGUGUCAGCAAGUCUUACUUCCUAGAAGAGCAUGUGUUCCCGGCUGCGAAGCGUGUUGAAACGAAGAUCUUCGACGUCACAGGCCUUUCAGGGAGUAGCGCCGAAAACUUUCAGAUUGCUCACUAUGGCGUCGGGGGCCACUACAUAACUCACACUGAUUACACCAAGAAGGACCAGUCGACGCUUCCGGACCAUCACCUAUGGGGGAACCGACUGGCGACCGUGCUGAUGUACCUGACGGAUGUUAAAUCCGGCGGUGCUACUGCAUUCGUCGAGGCCAAUGUGGCUGUCAGACCCCAGAGGGGCCUGGCGCUCUUUUGGUUCAACAUGCUCAGAGCUGAGGAUGAAAACAGUGAAAAGGUCACAGAGUGGUCCGAACCUCGCUACGGAGACCGUCGGACGAGUCACUGCGCAUGUCCCGUACUUGAAGGUUCAAAGUGGAUCGCAACGAAGUGGUUCCGUGAGAAAGACCAAGGGGUUGUGAAAUAUCGAACGCCUAUUUAACCAUUCUUCGUUUAUAUUCUAUAAAGCGUGAAACCGUUUGAUGGAUUGAGACGGGAAAUACAUAUAUGGUAUUCAU